AUGAACACCGAGGAAGACACGUUCACCUCGGUCACAUGGGAGAACCGUGAGAAUUCGUCAGGCUCCCAACCAACGUUUUCAACCACUCCUUCCUUCUCCAACAACAAUGCCAUCGCAGGUCCAUCGCACUUGGGCGCCUCAUCUUCCGCGAGCCCACUUGCCCGCGACGUUCAUGCCUCUGACGAUCCAACGCAACUCUCUUGGGCCGGAUAUCUGAUGGUGCAAGUGCUCGAACCACGCAAGGAACUCGAAGGUCAAAAGGAUGCCUUUAUCAGCUACGGCAUUCGCGCCGAAACGAAUCUUGCUCACUUCUCUCGCACCUAUAUGGCCGCUCGUCGCCGCUUCAACGAUUUUACUUUUCUUCGUGAAGGAUUGAAGCGAGACUUUCCUGCUUGCGUCGUUGCGCCUCUACCGGACAAGCAUCGGCUCGAGUAUCUGACCGGCGAUCGUUUCAGCGCCGAGUUCAUCGAGAGGCGUACGCAGGAUCUGCAGCUCUUCCUGGAACGUAUCUGUCGCCAUCCAACACUGCAGCGAAGCCAGCUGCUUCGUAGUUUUUUGGAAAGCACCGAGUGGCAAGUCGACAUGCACGCGCACAACUCGUCGCACAGCGGCAUCAAUGCCGCUUCCGGCUCGUCCGUGCUCAUCUCGGGCUCGCAGGUUGAAAACGCAGGCCCGCCGAGCUUGCUCGAUAGCCUGAGCGAUCACUUUCUCAACGCGUUUUCCAAGGUACGCAAACCGGACGAACGGUUUGAAGAAAUCAGAGAACGCAUCGAUAAGCUCGAAGAAGGUCUCGCAGGUACAGAACGGGUUCUUUCGCGCAACCGGAAUCGCAUAGCUGAUCUUUCUACCGACUACGAGGACUUUGCUACAAGCAUCGAGGGGCUCGGCUAUCUGGAAAGCGGCAUCACCGAGCCGUUGAACAAGUUUGCUUCGGCCAUGCUCGAGUUCGCUCGGCUGGAAAGGGUGACUUCUGCAAAGUCGACGGACGCCAUGCUGUCGCAGAUGCAAGCGCUGCUCUCGUACGCACGUUCGCACAAAUCGGUGCUCAAGUUACGCGAUACCAAGCAGGUGGACUUUGAGGAGCUGACCGACUACCUUUCGGGCGUUGUGUCGGAACGCGAUCGACUGGCGUCGCUCUCGUCGCCGUAUGGCGCCGGUCACGGACACGGCGGUGUACGCGGUGCGGGCAUCUCGGGCUACCUGAAGGACAAGGUGGAUCAUCUUCGCGGUGUCGAUGAAGAACGCACGCGCGUUGCAAGGAUGCAGCGUCUGGAUGGAAAGAUCAAGGAGCUCCAAGACGCAGUGACAAGCGCACACGAUACCAGCCAGGCGUUCAACUCGGAAGUGAUGGCCGAACACCGCAUCUUCCACCUAGCAAAGGAGCAGGAGCUCAAGGACAUGCUUGCAACUCACGCCAACGGCCAGAUCGACCUCUACCAAAACCUGGUCUCGUUGUUCGACCACUUGAUCCCACACCUGCAGGCCAUCCGGGUCGCCUAG